UCUUACCCCCGCAGCUUAACUCGAUAUGUCAGGGCCUGCAUUCUGGACGCGCGGGCCCCUGUAGAUGGUCUUUUGCCGAGACCGUGCCUCGAUCUACGCAGUUAUGUAGAAAGCGUCUUGCCGUACGAUUCAAACAUUCAUCUUCGUGUUCCUCUUGUCUCUUUGCAAUCAUUGCAUUUGACCCUGACCGUCAUGAUGACCAAUUUCGACGCGCAAACAGCCAGUUCACUAAAGCGUCGAGUGGAAGAGGCGUGUACUGACCAAGAGAAAGGGAUCCCCGGCGCGGUGGUCGUCGUCGUGGGAAAGGACGGUCACGAAUACUUUGCCCAUGCCAGCGGUAAACGGGGAUAUGGCUCAUCGGAGCCUAUGACGGUUCAGAGCGUCUUUUGGAUCGCCUCGUGCACCAAGAUGAUCACCGGGAUUGCGUGCAUGCAGCUGGUGGAACAGGGCCUUCUCACCUUGGAUGAUAGCACGCAAGUCGAGGGUCUCUGUCCAGAGCUGAAAGAGGUACAAGUAUUGCAGCCCGAUGGGAGCCUCGUCGAGAAGAAACAGGGCAUCACCUUGCGCAUGCUGCUUACCCACACUGCUGGCUUUGGCUACUCAUUCUUCAACGAGAAGCUACGGGACUAUAGCAAACCGAUCGGGUACAACGAAUUCUCGGGGUGCAUGUAUGAUAUGCGGCAGCCGCUGGUCAAUCAGCCCGGCGAGAGAUGGGAAUAUGGGAUUAACAUCGACUGGGCGGGCGUUGUGGUGGAGCGCAUUACGGGCCUGUCGUUGAAUGACUAUUUCCAUCGCCACAUCUUUGAGCCUCUGGGGCUGCAGGAGAUAUCCUUGUUUCCCAACGCGCGGAUGCAGUCCAAGCUGGCACAUAUGAACUCCCGGGCACCCGGUGGGCAGUUAACACCGCGCGAUCAUCUUCUUCGGCGGCCCUUGAUCAUGGAGAAAUCGGAAGAGGGGCUCGCUUGCUUCAACAGUGGGGGCGCCGGAUGUUUUGCGACGCCUCAAGAUUAUUGCCAAAUCCUCGCGACGCUGUUGAACGACGGCAUCUCGCCCACCACCAACCAGCAGAUCCUCCGUAAGGCGACGGUCGACAUGAUGUUCCAAAAUCAAAUCCCCCAGUUCCCCCAAUUUGCGUCCCAGGAGAUUCCGCCCUCGAAAGCGGACCUCACGAACCGCAUUCCGCAUCUGUAUCCCUCGACAACUCCGCAAGGGUGGGGGUUCACCUGCAUGCUGACCGGAGGGGCGACAGGCCGUUCGACGUACACGGGCCACUGGGCUGGACUUGCAAACCUGUGGUGGUGGUGUGACCGCGAGAAGGGGGUCGCCGGUAUGGUUUGCACCCAGAUACUGCCCUUCGCCGAUGCUCAAGUGCUUGGAUUGUGGAUCGACGUUGAGUCGCUGGUGUAUCAGGGGCUGGCUUGAAUCUGAAUCAUCCUAGUUGCUAGAUUGUUCUUCAUUGAGACGGCGUGUGGGCAUCUGUCUGUCGACGUAUAAAUACAUAUAUAUAUAUAUAUCUAUAUUUCAAGCUUUGAUCAAUUGAAGCGCUGCAUUGUGAGAGGAGAGUGGAAA